ACUACAAAAAAGAGCAAAUAUUAAAUGGCAAAAAUAUAACAAAUAUAUAUGCAUGUAUUUGGCCGUCGAAAACAAUUAAGACACAUAAAAUAUGGCGCAUGCAAGCACAAAUUGACUGCUCAAAUACAUACACACACACACAGUCACAUAAAUUUGCAUAUGUAUGCGCUUUUGUUUUUGUAAUGGCGCGUUGAGACGAUUGGAGUACUUCGUUUCAGUUCGUCUGUCAAAACUGUGCUGUGCGUAGCGUUGUCAAACGUAUGGCAGGAUACAUUGGAGCUUUUUCUACAAACGAGCAAAGACUCUCAACUCUUAAGAGAGUUAACUGAGCUGAGCUCAGGUGUCUGUUUGUAGCGUACGAGUAUAAAGAGAGAGUGUAGUGAGCCUGUGUGUGUGUUUAGAUAAGGUUUUCGACAUAUACACAACGGUAAAUUGCAAUCAUUCAUGACGACCGUUCAGUCAGUGCGCUAAUAGACACCAACCAAAUGGUCAGAUUUGACAACGAGCAAAAUUCAUACAUUCGAGUUGUUGAAAAAUAGAGAGAAACAGCAGACAGCAGAAACGGUUAGACAAUUAGCUUGUGUUAACGACGCGCAAAGAACACAGGAAAGAAAAUAGCAAAAUUGUCAUUGGGAAUGGGUGUCGAAAUGUAAAAUGAUUAAUUUAAGGCUCAAAAAAGCCAACGAAUGCUAUAACCGAAACGAAAACCACAACAACAACAAAAGUAAUAAUAACAACAAUAACAAGGUCAAAAACAGCUGCAGUAGUCGUUACCAGAGUAGCAGUAGCAACAACAACACUAAAGAUCAACAACAAAUCCAACGUCGUUGUCACUGUCACUGUCGCUGUCAUCGUCACUGCCGUUGUUGUAGUCACAGCUGUAGUCAAAGUCAUCGUCGUCGUGCUGUUGGCUCAAGUUGGCUGUUGGUGGAGAACUGUUGAAUACGGCCAAUGACGUCGCCAGCUGCACAUAAAAUCAAUUGAAAGCACACACACCAAACACUUACACGCCGAAAGCACAGGCAUUGUUGGGGCGAGAAGCCAGUAGUCACAACUGUGAAACGCGGGGAAGCUGUAAGUAAAAACGCCCAACAAGUCAGGCAGGAUAUUGCAAGAGCAUAUAAUAGCAAAGGCCGUGAGUAUAGACUACACCAGCAGCAGCAGCAGCUGAGUUGAGUAGGUGGCAGUGAUAAAAUAGCGCAAAGCAGUAGACGUAGGUGCGGCGUGGAGCAGCGCGCUGUUCGUGGAAGUAACAGCAGUGAAAGCAAUUCGAAAGUGUAGGAAAAGUCGUAAAACGUACAAAAACGUGAAAAUAGCGCAAAAGUGCUGGUAACUUGCUCUGGGAGAACGCGCAACCGACCGACAACGCGUACCACUCCUGCGGCGUGGUGUAUUGUGUUGGCAACUCGCGAAACGUUGGAACAAAGCAUAACAACAGGCUGAGGUAGUGAGGCAGAGGAACAGUGGUAACUGCAACAGCCACAGCGCGAUAAAGCAAUAAAAGCGCAUACCGAAAGACCACAAGCGCAACAAUGAAGCCAUCGGAUUUGCUGCAAUUAACGGAAAGGCUAAAAUUCAAAAUUCCUUUACCGCCCGGCGUAACAACAACAACACUUAUACCGAAGCUAAUACGCACGAAAGAUGUGAAACAGCUGCAGGAUGGCAGCGCGCAGCCGACAAAGCCGAAAUUAACGAAAUGCCUCAACACACUGGACUUAACAUCGCUGGGUGUUGGCUCGUGUUGCGGCACUGGUAUGUACCUGGUAGCGGGUAUGGUGGCGAAAAAUCUCGCUGGACCCGGUGUGAUUAUUAGUUUUAUCAUUGCAGCGGUGGCUAGCAUUUUCUCUGGUGCCUGCUAUGCGGAGUUCGGUGUACGCGUGCCACACACUUCCGGUUCAGCUUACAUGUACUCAUAUGUGGCGGUGGGCGAGUUUGUAGCGUUUAUUAUUGGCUGGAAUAUGAUAUUGGAAUAUUUAAUAGGAACAAGUGCCUGUGCGUGUGCUUUAAGUUCGAGUUUCGAUUCACUAACCGGCGGUGCAAUAGCGAAUGCGAUUGGCGAUUCAAUCGGCACCAUAUUUGGUAAACCACCCGAUUUUAUAGCAUUCGGCAUAGCGUUGAUUAUGACCUGCGUAUUGGCGAUGGGAGCGAGUAAAUCGGUGAUAUUCAAUCACACAUUGAAUGCCAUAAAUCUGGCGACAUGGGUAUUUGUGAUGGCAGCCGGUUUAUUUUAUGUUGACACCAGCACUUGGACCGAACACCAAGGCUUCCUGCCGUAUGGUUGGAGUGGUGUGUUCUCGGGCGCUGCGACCUGUUUUUAUGCUUUCAUUGGUUUCGAUAUUAUAGCCACCACCGGUGAGGAGGCGCACAAUCCGCAAAAGAGCAUACCGAAAGCCAUUGUUGGUUCGCUGGUGAUCGUUUUGUUUGCGUAUGUGAGCGUCAGUUUAGUGUUAACACUAGUCGUGCCCUACGAUCACAUCAAUGCGGGCGCCGCGCUGGUGCAAAUGUGGUCUUAUGUGGGCGCACCGAAAUGCCGCGCCAUUGUCGCUGUGGGCGCCACCGCCGGCCUAUCCGUGGCCAUGUUCGGCUCCAUGUUCCCAAUGCCACGUGUGAUUUAUGCAAUGGCGCAGGAUGGACUCAUAUUCAGACAACUCUCACAACUCUGGCAACGCACUAAUGUACCCGGUUUGGCGACCAUUGGCAGUGGCAUUGCCGCUGCACUGGUGGCGCUCACAGUACGCUUGGAAAUACUCGUCGAAAUGAUGUCCAUCGGCACACUGCUCGCCUACACGUUGGUCUCCACCUGUGUGCUGGUGUUGCGCUAUCAACCGCAUAGUACGUCGCUGGUCGAGCUGCUGCCAGCACAGCUGCGCACACCGUUGGCGCCGGGCACGGCAACGGAUCCGAGCGCUACCACCGCCGAAGUGUUGCCGUCGAACAAAUUAACAAUAAAACGUGUGACACGCGGCAUGUCCGACUCGGAUGAUUCGUUCAUCGACGAGAGUCCCGAGGGCUACCUGGGACGUGACGAUCAAUUUCUUGUGUCCGAUCGUUCGGAGAAUAAAUUCUAUGGUAGCGUGCAUGGCGCACCAACCGGGCCGACGGGACAAGCAACCGCCUUCGAUACGAUGGGUCUAAAUUUCGUGUCACGCAAAAUACACGAUUACGCGUAUCUGUGUCCCGGCUUCUUUCCAUGGAUCAAUCCCGGUCAAGCCACAGCGGAAAGUGGCAUGUAUGUCACGAAACUUGUUGGAAUCAUGUUCGGUCUCAUAUUCUUCUUGGAUCUGUUUGCGGCCAUUGGCUGGUCCGGUGGCUUCGCCGCAUUCAUUUAUUUCAUUUUGUUCAUUGGCAUAUUUGUGAUACUAUUAAUUAUAUCAAGACAACCACAAAAUAGAUAUGCGCUCGCAUUCCUAACGCCGGGACUUCCAUUUAUUCCAACAAUUGCCAUAACCGUUAAUAUUUAUUUAAUAUUUAAAUUAAGCAUACUCACCUUAGUUAGAUUCACCAUAUGGAUGACAUUGGGCUUCAUCAUGUACUUCUACUAUGGCAUUACGCAUAGUACACUCGACCAGACGACUGAUGAGAUCGAACUGCAUGUCGAUAAGGAUUACAGUAAAAAUGUUGAAGAGAAAGCCGUGUGGGAUCAGCCAACGUAUAUGAAUCAAAGCAAUGAGCCGGUUUGGGCUACAAAGGAUACACGCGCUAAACAGACAACAGCAACAACAAAACGCUCCAACACAAAUUAUUCCAAAGCAACUGAAAGCAAUUCCACAAACCAAAAACAACAAACAAAAAAUUCCACUAGUACAAGAAACACAACAGCGAAUUCCACAACAGCAACAGCAACAACAACUACAACCGGUAACGAUGGUAAAUUCACCAUGUUCAUCGAUGAGACGCAAUUCCCCACGUGGGAUGAUUAAAAGUAGCAGGCAAAGUUAAAAACUAAAUGUAUUUAAUUAGUGUAAUAUUCCAACUAAACGAAAAUAACAAGUAAUUUACAAAAUUUGAACGUUGCAACAGAGAGGAGCAAAUGCGCACUAGGUCUGUAUUAUACACGCGUAAACAAUAAGUAUGAAUUAUAAAAUAAAAAAAAUUGAAAAUAAAAAAAUAUAAAAAAUAUUAAAUUUUGAAAAUUGUUAUGAUAUUAAAUAAAUUAGUAAAACAAAAAAUGAAAUGAAGUGAAAACAAUUAGCUAUGAGUGCGAAUUUCAGUUUUUGAUUUAGCAAAAACAUAAAAAAAAAGAAAAAAACAAUUUUUGUGAUUCCUUUUUCAAGUUCUUAACGCGGGAACUUUAAGUUAUAUAAAUGUACAUACAUAGCGUGCAAAGUAAUUUACAAAAAGAACAAAAAAUGUUGAAAUAUAUUAAUAUAGUAUAUACAUAUAUGUAAAUUAUAUACAUACAACUACAAAUAUAUAGUUAAAAGCAUAAAGCAUACAAAUACAUAUAUAUAUAUAUAUACAUAUACAAAACAAUUUGUCAUUAAUACUAUUAACAUUAUUAUUAUUGUAAUUAUAGUUAAAUGAAAUAUUAAAAUAUAUUAAAUAUUAAAAAUAUGUAUAAAUGCGUUUAAAUACGCGUUUGCGCAGCUAGUUAUAAAUAUAAAUAUUACAUACAUAUAAAGUAUAUAUAAAAAAAUAAUAUAUUUAUAUAUUAUACAGAUAUAUAUAAAUAAAUAUACAUAUGUAUGUGUAUGUACAAUGCAUUAUUGCAUGAAAUUUCUAUUAAAUUUAACUAAAAAAAAUAAAAUUUAAUUUAUAAAAAUUAAAAAAACUAAAUUAAAUUUAAUAAAAGAUAAAUAAAAUUUAAUUUAUAAAAAAAAUUAAUUUAAUAAAAAAUAAACUAAAUUAAAAAGCCAUGUGAAUAAUUGAAAAUUUCAAUUUUACUAAUUAAAUUAAUUUAUUGCAACAAUUUACACAUAUGAAAGAAAAAAAAAACAUAUUUAUGUGCGAAAUUCCAUAAGCCAUGUAUGUAAGAAUAAUUAUUUGUAGUUAUAUAAAACAAUAGCGCAUGCCAAUGUUGUACAUACAUACAAACAUAUAGAAAAAACACACGCAUGCGCAUGCCAUACAUACUAUGAAGUCGCUGUACACUUGAAAUUACUUUUUAAAUAAUUAAUUUUUCAUAACAAACAAAGUUUAAAUUUCAAUUCUAAAAUAUACAUACAUACACACAUGUACAUACACUGUUCGUUAAAAAAAAAUAUAUGUACAUACACGUAUCGUUAAACUUUUUCAUUACUAUGUUUAACCAACGCUGUUUGUUUGUAAAUAAUUAAUUUUUACCUCGUAACCACAUAAAUAUGUAAAUACAAUAAACAUUCUUAUUGUUAUACUUAACGUGCUGUUGUUCAAAAAUAAAAUCUAAAUAAAAUUUAAAAUUUCAAUUUCCAUUUCAUUAUUGCCAUAACUAUUAUAUUAAAAACAAAUGUUACAAAUAUAAGUAGUUAAAAAUACAUAUGAUUGCAAAUUUAAUGAACUAAUAUUGAUUAUAAACAAAACAAUGAAACAGUUACCAAACCAAGUACCAAAUAUGAAAGAAAUAGCUGACAAUUUUAAAACAACAAAUAAUAAUAUAUUUGUAGUCUACAAAAAUAGUUAAAAUUAAUAAAAAAAUAAAAUAGUUAAAAUAUAAAAAUAAAUAUAAAAAUUAAUACAAAAACAAAGUAAAGCAAAGACAGUUCGUUUGACCCCGAAUAUACCUCCUUUUUAUUAAAAAACAUGUGUAAAAAAGUCAUUUCUUUAAAUUAUUAUAUGAAAUUAUACGCCGAUUAUGAGAUUAUUAUGCUGAGUUGAGUGUUUAAUGAAGGCGCUUUAAGUAAUUUUUUAAGCAAAUUUAUAUUAAUAUUAUUUAAAAGCCAUUACUAUAACAAAUUAUUUCGAUUUAUGAAAAAAAAAUCAAAUUCAUUACACUAUUACUAAGCAUUUGUAGCACAUAAUUUUGUAUAUAAAUCAAAUUUAAAUUUAAAUUAAACUCUAUUAAUUCAGUUAAAGGCUUUGAAGUUGCUAAAUGUAAAAAAAAAAUAAUAAUAAUAUUUUUGUGCUAAGACGAGAAGUUAAUACUGAACAUUUCUACCUACAUAAUUAAUUCACACAUUUUUAUACUGUGCUCUCUAUAAAACAUACAUACAUAUUGCUUACUAAAUUAUGAAAUCAAAUUUUUUUAUACAUAAAUAUUUAUAAAUACUUAUAUAUGCAUGUACUUGUGUAUUUUUUUUUCAAUUGUUGCGUUACAAUUUCGUAUUGAUCAAAGCCAUUGGGUCAGCUUUGAUCUAUGGAAUUGUGUACAAAUACAAAAAAAAAAGAAAACUUUGUGUUUUAAUUUACUUUAUUAAGUAAACAAAAGAAUUUUCACUGCUGCAAUUAAAUGUUAAUAAACAUAUUUAACAUACAUUUUUUAUAUAUAUACUAUGUAAGUACUUUACCAGUUUACUGCACUCUUUUUUAUAUGUAUUUACUUUUACAAUGUUCAAGCAAUUAUUUGGUAUUAAUUUAAUUUUGAUUAAUACUAACAAAACAAAUUUAAGUAGUUAAUGGAAAACAUAAACUCCAUGUCACUUUGGCACUAUUAAUUAUUUUGGAACUUUUAUUAGUCUUAGGAAAAAUAGUGUAUAAUGAAAUUUAAUUACAACUUACUAAUGAACUAUACAAAUAUACAUAUGUACAUAUGAGAAUGUAUAAGUUGUCCGUACAUUUGUGCAUUAACUAGUUACAUAUGAAAUGUACCAAGAAAAACUUAAGACAAAAAUUCGCCAUUUUACUGUUGUUCUUGCAUUUCUUUUUAAACACAAAAUUUAUGAAUGAAAAGCAAACAAGUUGUUGAGCAACUUAGAAGAAGAAAUUUAUACAAAUAGCAAUAAAAAAGACACGCAUAACUGCAUGUAUGAACAAAUAACAAACGCAAACUAAAACAUAUCUUUUUGGGCAAACAAGCAAAGGAAAUCUAGUGGUCUUAUGUACGUAGAUAGCAAAGAAAAUGUUCAACAAUUUUCAAUUUUAAGGAAAUAGUAGCAAAUGAAUUUCAACUGAACUAUAUAUAUUAAAAAAUGUUUAAAUUUAAAUAGUUUAAUGAAUUUGCAGCAAUUUUGUACAAAGCUUUUGUUUUACGAAAUUAAUUUGAACUAACUAUAAAAAGUUUAUAAAUUGAAAUAGAUAAAUCAAUUACCUGCAAUUUCGUGCAAAGUUUUUGUUCGAAUACAUGCAUAUUCAUGCUGCGAAGCGGCUGCGUGCAGAGUAAACCAUUGAUGCAUACUUCCUUUGGUGGCUACAUUAAUAUAAAUAUUCUAUAUGCAUGAAUAUAGAAUUUGAAAAUUUAGACGACUAUUUAUAAACAACUUACUAUAUUUUAUGUAAUAUUAAUUAUUAUUUUCCGCCAAACAACCACUAUCAAACUUUAAUACAGCUUUUUGCAGCUGCAACGUCACUUUGCUGAAAUUUUGGCAAACAUUUUACGCCACGGAUAAUUGAAACUUUAGUUUUAGUGCAAACACCGCAAAAUACUAAUUUUGUUGCAAAAAACACAAUUUAAUUCCACAAUUAAAUAUUUACGCGUAAUUCAGUUGAAAUUCCAUGCGGAAAAGAAAAAACGGGAUCUAAUUUGUAACGGACCGCCAAAAUCAGUGAUGGCAAAUAGUAACGAAACACAAACAAUACGAACCACUAAACACAGCGCUGACUAAUUAGUGCAAAUAUCGAUAAGAAUCACAUAUGAAAUACGCCACUAAUUUAUGAAAUAGCUGUUAACUAAACAAAAAAUAGACACAAAUAAACUACAACAACAAUAACAGUCGUUACCAAAAAGUAAACCACGCACUUUUAACAAUUUUGUUCUUCCAUAGCAGAACAAUUGAAAAUGCUCUGGGAGUAAAAAAAGCCGGUACCACCUACAACACAGAAACAUAUAACAA